CCGUCUAAUCCGCUUGCACGACACUGUACGACAUUGUACGACCGAGUUACCCCGCUAUAAGAAGUACAAUACAUCAUACCAGGUAGGUACCUGAGGUAGGUAGAGGUAUGCUAUAACAUGUACCCCGCCAUCUCAAGAUAGCUCCAGGUUAAAACCAGGUUAUUGUAGAUUUAAGCAGUUACUAGCUUUGAAAUUCUCUCCACACUUUGUCAUUUGUCUCGUGGGCAUUUCUAUAUAGCCUAAAUGCCAAUGCUCUCGCUACUGAAGUUGAGCGUUCCGAUUCUUCUCCCUUAUCUAGCUGUCAUCCCGCCCUAAGAUUAAGACUAUACCUCGAAGCUUCAUCUAAGUCCUCCCACACACACCCCACGAAUUUAUAUUAGCACCAGCAACAAGUGGAACAAACCGCUGUCAUGGCCGACGAGAUCUCAUUUCUGCCCCUAGGCGCCAUCAUCCAAUCUUUUAAGGUUGGUGGCCUUGAUAUUGUCCAAGGCUUCCCAUCCCAGGAACUUUAUGCCGAACACAACAGCCCUCAUUUUGGUGCCACAAUUGGCCGUGUCGCCAACCGCAUCUCGGGUGCCAAAGUCGAGGCCUUGAAUGGAGGAAAGACGUAUAGCUUUGUUGCCAACAACGGACCGAAUACCCUGCACGGCGGAAAUGUGGGCUGGGGUAAGCGAGUUUGGAAAGGUCCGACUCCGGUGGGCGUCCGCAAGAAUAUCCCCGGAAUCGAAGGCGAGCUCAAAGGUGGAGAAACCGUUGAGUUUUCUCUGAUAAGCGAGGACGGAGAUGAGGGAUUCCCCGGAGAGGUUCUUGCAAAGGUAUUCUAUACGGCCGGCAAGGUCACCGAGAACGGAAAGGAGGUCACAGUUCUUAGCCAGGAAUACGAGGCCGAGCUAGUAGGAGGUGCAGAGGAAACUAUUAUCAACAUGACAAACCAUUCAUAUUUCAACCUCUCGGGAAAGCCAACUAUUGAAGGAACCGUAGUCCAGCUUUCCACCGAUUCUUAUCUACCUCUCGAUGACACGGGUAUUCCAACCACCGGACCAACUGUGUACUCCAAGGUCGCAACGACGACUCCUUUCACACUUGGCGCCCAGGGACCGGAUUUCGAUGACUGUUUCGUCGUUGACCCUUCCGCCUCUCCCAGCUUUGUACCGAUAGACACACGGGGUCUCCCUCUAACUAAUCUAGUUUCGGCUCACCAUCCAGAGAGCAAGAUUCACCUAGAAGUUCUUAGCACAGAGCCCGCAUUUCAGUUCUAUACCGGCAAGUGGAUCGAUGUGCCGGCCGUAGGCGGAGCUCCCGCACGGGGGCCGCGCAGCGGCUUCUGCGUUGAACCCAGCCGGUUUGUAAAUGCUAUUAAUGUCAAUGAUUGGCGGAGUCAGCAGCUUCUAAAGAAGGGUGAGAAAUUCGGCGCUCGCAUCGUGUACAAGGCAUGGAAAGAGUAAUUAGGAUCAUAAUUACCUAGGGGACCUGUUUUAGGAACAGACAAGAGCUGCCUAUAUCUCCUAUAUUAGCCAUUCAAAUCUGAACAAAAAUCUAUAAUUCAU